CACAAAGGGCUGGUGGAGCGCAUCCACAAGACUCGUUCACUUGCAACUUGUGCCGGCGCCGAGGCAGAGGUCUCCACUCUUCACCACCUUUUCCAGGGCCUGGCUGUAAUUUCACAGCAUUAUUUUUCUGCUAUGAACCUUAUUUAAUUCGGGCAAAGUCUCACGCACCGGUCAACUUGCUCGUCGACUAGUGUGGCCAAGCCAACGUUGGAUAAGUCGAUACCUGAUUUGGUGUCUAACAUGAUGGGGGUAAAGACUGUAGUUAUUGACAAUUCACGACUCUGACCGGUUGUUUGCGACUGCGAGGCGUCGUCAGCAAAUGUUCUCUCGGGCGUCUCCGAGUUAUGGCGACGGCACACGCGAAAGCGACCCACUGAUUGGAGGCGGUGGCUUCGGUCGCUCGGACGCGCAUGACGCCGCGCGGGCGGGCCAGGCCGCCGGCAUCGGCACCGGCUCGGCGGACGGCGCAGCGGACGAAGGCUUUGGGCUCACCGGCCCGGGGCCACAGCAGCAUGGGGACGCCCAGCACCCGCACCCCCACCAGGGGUCUGCACCAGGCGCUCAGGCGCCGCCCUCCGAAAUGGACUUCCUGCGGCCCUCCUGCGGCCACGUGGUGGAGUCGGCGGAGGAGAUCCUGCAGGCGGUGGAGGCACAGAUGGACCAGUCGCCGCUGCUGCUCAGCCGCCGCGGAUCAGUGGCCCUGCGCGCGUCGGGCUACGAGUCCGUCAGCCUCAUGAGCGCGGGGGCUGGAGCCGGGGGCGGAGCAGGGGCAGGCGUAGGCGUGGGUGGUGGUGGGGUGGCUAUAGCUAUGGCGCCGCCGUCGCUGCCAGCCGGCAGCAGCAUUGCGCCGUCCACCACAUCGCGCGCUUCCAGUCUGGGAGGCGCACCGGGGCCGCUGCACCAGCCGCCGCCGACCCUACUAGGCAUGGCAGCGGGUGCCGCCAGCGGCGCUGGCCUUGGCGCGGGGCCGGCUCACCCUGCGGCGCCAAUGGUUGGCAGCGCUGGCAGCGGCGCGGGUGCAGGCUCGGGAGGCGGCUUGGCGCAGUCUUCGCUGGCGGCCGCGGUGGGCAGCGCCGGCAGCGGCACCGCGGCGGCGGCUGUGUCGGCCUCGCUGCUGGAGCAGUACCUGCAGCAGGCCCGCGCGGCGGCGGCGGCGGCAGCGGCGGAGGCGGCGGCGGCGGGGUCCAGCAUGCCCGAGGCCGACGGCGCCGCCGGGGUGGACCCAGCGGCGGCGGCAGCCGCCGCUGCGGUGGCCGCCGCCGCGGCUGCGGAGGCGGCGGCACGUGACGUGAUGCUGGCGACGUCUGCGUCCUUCUCCACCCACCUGUUGGGCGCAGCGGUCAGGCAGGCGGAGGGGGAGGACGCUCAGGCGGCGGCCGCGGCGGCGGGUAAUCCUAGUCACUCGCUGUCGCCGCCGGCAGCUACUGGCGUGGCGGGUGGCGGCGGCAGUGCACCCGCGGCGCCACGACCUAUUGCCGGUGCUGCCGCUGGGGCUGCGGCGAACUCGCGGUUCAACGCCAGUGCCAGCGGCACGGGCAUGUCCACUGCGCCCGGGGGCCUCGCGGGGCCCAUCGCGGCAGGUGCCAGCGCCGCCGCUGCCUCGGCAGCUGCGGGCCUGGGUGCCGGCCGAGGCGCCGUCGCGGCGGGGCCCACGGGUGGCCGUGUGCCGACGCCGGCCGUGGGAGGCGGCUUCAGGGGCGGGGCGGAGGGGCUGUCGGUGCGGGGCGGCACCCGCAGUCAGGGCUCCAUGGCGGGUGGCGGCGGCGGCGGCGUGGGGGAGAAGUCCAAGCUGGGCAUUGCGGGAGUGCGCACCUGGCUCAAGGUGCUGCCGGACGGCUCCGCAUCCAUCGUGCAGCUGGACAGGGCCGCGCUGGGCCUGCGCUACGGCGUGCAGCUGCGCGACUUCCGCGUGCUGGACCCCGUGCUGGGAGCCACCUACCCCGCCUGCCUGCUGUGCCGCGAGGGGGCGCUCAUCGUCAACCUGGACCACAUCAAGAUGAUUGUGACGGCCGAGUUCGCGCUGGUCAACCACUCAGACUCAGACAAGGCCCGGCCCUUCACCGAGGAGCUCAAGAGGCGGCUGCAGCAGUACGCCGCGACCAAGGCGGCGGCGGAGGCGGCGGCAGUGGCGGCGGCGGCGGCGGCAGCAGCCGCAGAGACCGCCGCGGUGGCGCUGCACCAGCACCAGCAACAUCAGGCGGAGCAGCAGCAGCACCAGCAGCAGCAGCAGGCGGAGGCGGAGGCCGUAGCGAGGCAGCUGGUGGGCGGCGGGGUCCCUGAGGUGAAUGGGCUGGGGCCCAUAGCGGCGGCUGCAGGCGCGGGCAAGGAGGGCAGUGGCCUGGCCAUCCACCGCUCCUCCUCCACACCCGCAUUCACCAGCGGCGCACUCGCCAACGGGGCGGCUGCGCCCCAGGAUGCCGCUGCUGCCGCUGCAACCCCACAGGCGGCAGCUGCGGCGGCGGCGGGCGGGCUGGGCACACCCACCGCCACCACUGGCGGUCUGCUGCACCCCUUCGGCCAGGUGGCCAGUGCGCUGCUGUCCAUCCUGCCCGCCCGCCUCAACUCCCAGCAGCAGCACCAGCAGCACCAGCACCAGCACCAGCAGGGAGCCCACGGCAGUGGCAGCGGCAGCGGCAAGGCCGGCGCCGCAGGUGCGACCGGCCUGCCUGCCCACCUGGCCUCCCACCUGGCGCGCCACCCCCACUCGGGCCUCAUGCCGCACCACGGCCUGGCGCUGCCGCCGCUGCCAGCCGGGCUGGUGGGGCUGGCGGGGUUGGGAGGGCUGGGAGCGGGCGGCGGAGGCGGCGGCAGCAUGUCGGGCGGAGGCGGUGGAGGGGGCCCGGGCGGAGGCGAGUCGGGCGCUGUGAGUGAACUGGUGGCGUCCAUGCCCUUUGAGCUGCGUGCGCUGGAGGUGGUGCUGGAGCAGACCGUGUCGCUGCUGGACGCCCAGGCCACCGAGCUGGAGCGCGCCACCCGCCUGGCGCUGGACGAGCUGACGCUGCGUGUCAACCCGCGCAACCUGGAGCGCAUGCGCCACCUCAAGGGGCGCAUGGCGGCGCUGGACAACAAAGUGGACACGGUCCGCGGUGUGCUGGAGAAGCUGCUGGACGACGACCGCGAGAUGGCGGACAUGAACCUGACGGCGCGCAAGGAGGAGAAGGAGGAGCAGGUGGCGGCGGCGGAGGCCAUGAGGCAACAGCAGCAGCAGCAGCAGGCGCUGAUGAUGCAGCAACAGCAACAGCAGCAGCAGCAGGAGGCGGCGGCGAGGGCCGCUGAGGCGCAGUCGCCACCGCUGGCACCGAAUGCGUCUCGCGGCAUCUACCCGCUGUCCUCCCUGGACCUGGGCGGGGCCUACCCGCACCAUCACCCCCACCCCCACCCUCUGGCGCACCACCAUCUGCACCCGCCUGACACGGCGCUGGGCGGCGGCGUGGGGCUGGGGCCGGGGCUGCUGGGGCCGGGUGCGAGCGGCCACUACGGCCACCUGGCGCCGCCACCCCGCGGCGGCAGUCCCACGCCACCGGGGCCGCCCAUGCACAGCUUCGAGCGGCAGACGCUCGGUGGCGGAGGCGGAUACGGCGGUGGCGGUGAGGGCGGCGGUGGCGGCGGCGGUGGCGGCUUCGACCCGGACAGUGAGGAGGUGGCGGUGGUGGAGAUGUUACUGGAGGCCUACUUCAUGCAGCUGGGCCACACCUGGCAGCGGCUGCAGUCUCUUCGCUCCUACAUCGACUCCACCGAGGACCUCAUCAACCUGGAGCUGGAUCAGCAGCGCAACAACCUCAUCAGCGUGGACCUCAUGGUCACCUUCGGCUCCUUCCUGCUCACCGCCAUGUCUGUCAUCGCGGGCCUGUUCGGAAUGAACCUCACCAACAGGAUGGAGACGGACUACGCCUCCUUCCUGGGCAUCUGCAUCGGCAGCGCCUCCGCCGCCGUGGGACUGUGGCUGCUGUUCGUGUACGGCAGCAUCCGGUACGGCCUCAUGAACGGCCUCAGUAUGACCUGGCGGUAGCCGCCGCACUGGGGGCAGGGGGGCUAGUCGUAGGGGGGCUGGCGGGGUGUCGGGGUGUGGCUGGGCUGGGCUUCUUGUUUGAGGGGUAGCUAGCGGGGGGGCGGGUGCUUUGGGGGGCCCAGAGGGCGGGGGAGGGGCCAGAGGGUGGGGGUGGAGGCAGUUGCGCCGGCUGGACGAGAGAGGAGCGGUGGGGCCGGAGGCUGCUGAGUGUGAUGGACGGCCUCCGUGCUCGAAGAGUGGUGGAGCGGCAGUGUGGUGUGGUGAACAUGCAUAUGUCAGCUCGGUCAGCGAUGUAUGGUACUAUCCUGUGCUAUCACGCCUUUCUCUAUUGUUGUGAGCUUUUGUGUUGAGUAUAUUGGGCUCGCUCGUGUGCGGUGCAGCGUUCUCACAGGAACGGUAACCACGGUUGGUUGGCUGUAUCAGAGGGGACUUCGUUGUUGAGGUAGGUGACGCCGUAGUAAACUGUUAAGGCUCAUAGGGUAAUUGGAGGUGUAAUCGACGAUGACUGAUGUUGCACGCAUGGUUGCACUGUGGCGACUGGGCUGUGGCAUGGUGCCCCGUCAGCGCAGUACCGUACACGUCUGGAGCAGGCUGUGGGGUUGAGCGAUGGUGCAGCUGCUUGGGCGGCUGCCGGGCCUGUGGACGCUGAGAAGGCGAGUGCUGGCGUAGGCCGGUGCAAGGUGGCGACGUAGGUGGCGGCAGGUGGCGGGGUCGUGGGGUCAUGCUCAGUUGUGGGUCAUGCCGCAGAGUUUCACCCACCGCAAGCAAGGUGCACCAGAGUGUAAUAAGCGUUGAUA